AGCCUCACGUGAUUCCGCCUAUCAACGUGAUUGGCUCCUCCCCUUCCUCGUUGAUCGAACCAAGCUGCAUCUGCCCGUUGCCCGACUCCAAAAUGGCAGCCUCUCACUGCGUGUGCCCGAUCUGCCGGACCUCCUCGUUUCCCUUGCCUGCCCAGCCCCUCCCUCCCUCCGUUUCUUCUCCGGCCCUCACCUUAGCGCCUUUCUAUUGGUUGGAAAUAGUCCCGCCCUUCAAAAGCGGUCCCUGCCAUUGGCCGAGGCGCGCUGCUCCUCACAGCAAUCCUCCCCCCAUUCCCAUCUUCGUCCCCCCCCCCGCCCCUCCCCCCCGCCCUCAACCCCGGGAGGUAUUUUCCAUUCCGGUGGGGGUUGGGGGGGAGGGGAAAAGGCUGAGGAGGAGUGGGGGGCCUUAGGAGAAGGGGAGGUGACCAGGGAAGAGGGGGGCAUCCGGUGGAGCCGGGGCCCCCAGGCUCCGUCAGGAGGAAGCGGGAAGGCGCCCUGGCGGUCACUGAAGUCGGGACGGGGCCGGCAGCCGGACAAGCCCGCAGCCUGGCCGCGCCACCCGGACCCGUCCUGCUGGGGCGCAGGUGCCCCUAGAGGAGGCCGUCCCGCGCCCCCGGGGCCCCCGCCGGUGAGUCUCGCGCUUGCUUGCCGCGCGCCACCCGUUGGCCCCGGCCCCGUUGCCUCCCUUCUUUAGCGCUGCUGCCGUCGCUAACGGCCGCCGGCCUCGUCCCUGAGGGGCCGCUGCCGCCGAUUGCGUUCUCUUCUCCCCCGCGCGCCGGCGUGUGCCGCCCGCGCUCCUCGCGCGGCCCCAGGGGGCCGGGAUGGGCGGCUCCGGGAGCCGAGCACUGGCUUGGGGCUGGCGCGGCGUCCUCACGGGCCGGCUGCUGGAUGCGAUUACCGAAGGAGCCCGGGCACUGGUAGGAGAGAACCAUAUAAAAGAGGAAGAAACAAAAUUCAGCUAAAACAACCCAUCAAAAAAUGUGAUGACAAACGCAAUAUUCUACACCCAUGGUUGCUCUUUCACUUUUACAAAAGAAUUGGGAGAGGAGCUUCUCGUAUUUUUUCUGUUCUGAAAAACUUUAGUACUGUUCAGAAAACAUUAAUGAAAAUUUCAAGACAUACUUCUCUCCAAUGAGUAAACUGAGUAAAACUAUCAUCGAUAAUAGAGAUAUCACCCUAGAGAGUCUCCGACAGGCUCCAGGCCACACAGAUAUAACAUUCUCAUAAUGAAGCCUGUUUGAUGGGAGAUGUAUGUAAAUGUCAGUGGUUUUAGAUAUCUUAAUCAAUGGAUAAAGUGGGGAAGAUGUGGAACAACUUCAAAUAUAGGUGUCAGAAUCUUUUUAACCAUGAAGGUGGAAACAGCAGUGAAAAUAUAGAUGUGAACUCCAAUAAAUGUUUAUCUGUUAAAGAAAGGAACAUCAGCGUAGGGGAUUUGACUCCUCAGCAACAAAGCAGUCCCUUAAGAGAGAAUGUUGCCUUACAACUUGAAUUAAGCCCUUCAAAGAAUUCUUCAAGAAGAAACCAAAAUUGUGCCGCUGAUAUUCCUCAAAUUGUAGAAAUAAGCAUUGAGAAGGAAAAUGACUCGUGUCUCACUACCACGGGAACGAGACUGGCCCGCAGAGACUCCUACUCUCGACAUGCUCCGUGGGGUGGGAAAAAGAAACAUUCCUGUUCUACAAAGACGCAAAGUUCAUUAGAUACUGAGAAACGGUUUGGCAGGCCCCGAAGUGGUCUGCAGAGGAGAGAGAGACGAUACGGCGUGAGCUCUGUCCACGACAUGGAGAGCGUCUCCAGCAGGACAGUGGGAAGUCGGUCUCUGAGGCAGAGGCUGCAGGACACUGUGGGCUUAUGCUUUCCCAUGAGAACUUACAAUAAACAAGCGAAACCGCUCUUUUCUAAUAAAAGAAAAAUACACCUUUCUGAAUUAAUGCUUGAAAAAUGUCCUUUUCCUGCUGGAUCCGAUCUAGCCCAGAAGUGGCAUUUGAUUAAGCAGCACACGGCUCCUGUGAGCCCCCAUUCGACCUUCUUUGAUACCUUUGAUCCAUCUUUGGUUUCUACUGAAGAUGAAGAAGAUCGGCUUCGGGAGAGAAGACGCCUCAGUAUCGAAGAAGGCGUGGACCCUCCCCCCAAUGCACAAAUCCAUACCUUUGAGGCCACUGCACAGGUGAAUCCCUUAUAUAAGCUGGGACCAAAGUUAGCCCCGGGAAUGACAGAGAUGACUGGAGAAAACGCUGCCACGCCACAGGGGGGCUGCGACUCGGAGGAGGAUGCCCCCACCCUUUGUCUGCAGGCACGGAGGCAGAAGCAGCGCCAGGGCUCCGGGGACAGCCACGGCCAUGGCCACGGCAGCCGCCAAGGGGCCUGGAAGGUUCACACGCAGAUUGACUACAUUCACUGCCUCGUGCCCGAUCUGCUGCAGAUCACGGGGAACCCCUGCUACUGGGGGGUGAUGGACCGAUAUGAAGCGGAGGCCCUCCUGGAGGGGAAGCCCGAGGGCACUUUCCUGCUCAGGGACUCUGCACAAGAGGACUACCUCUUCUCGGUGAGCUUCCGCCGCUACAACCGCUCCCUGCACGCCCGCAUUGAGCAAUGGAACCACAAUUUCAGCUUCGAUGCCCACGACCCCUGCGUGUUUCACUCCUCCACCGUGACCGGGCUCCUAGAACAUUACAAAGAUCCAAGCUCCUGCAUGUUUUUUGAACCAUUGCUGACUGUAUCCCUAAACAGGACUUUUCCUUUCAGCCUUCAGUACAUCUGCCGUGCAGUCAUCUGUAGGUGCACUACAUAUGACGGGAUCGAUGGUCUCCCCUUACCGUCAAUGCUACAGGACUUUUUAAAGGAAUAUCACUAUAAACAGAAAGUUAGGGUGCGCUGGUUAGAGCGAGAACCAAUAAAAGCAAAGUAAACUCCAGUCAGUGCCCCAAGUAGGCUUUUGUUAGGUUUGCUUUUAUGUGCAUCAAACAGUAUACCGUAGCAAGCACAUGUACCAGUAUUAGGUUUUUUGCAAUAUCGUACUUAACUCUUAGUUUUAGUAUCUGUCCGAUGCUGUCUGCUGUUACUUAUACAAAUAACUGUGGUGCCUAUUGAAAUAAUUAGUAGAGGAGAAAGCUGCACAUGUUCAAUAAGGCCUACCCACACACAAACACACAUUUGCUGAUUUUUCUAAAUGUAUGGUUUUUCAUAGUUGUAGUAAUAGGAUGAAGCAAUUUUGGGGCAUUUGCUAUGAUAUUCUAUUUCCUACUGAAGAACAAAUGAUUAAUAUCGGGUGAGCAUUUCAACAGUGUGACUAAUAUUUGAAAUGAGUAUUUUUUCUAAGAAUUUUUCUAUAAUAUUACAAAAGUUGUAAUGUUUGUAGUUCCUCUAAAUCAAGGUUCAGAAGUCCAAGAAGUCAGGUGGCUUACCUUGCCUGCUGCCUUUUAGAAAAUGAAAAGCUCUGGCCACAAGGGCACUGUGCAGUCCACUUUUCAGUGUUGGUAUUGUUUGUAAUCUCCUUUUCUCCUUUACAAGAUUCCCAGUCCCAGUUUUUCUAAAGAAUAGUUCUUAAAACUUUAGAUUCAUGUGUAAUCAAUAGUAGAAUUUUAUUUGGAGACCAUAAGUAGGAGAGAGAACAUUUUUGAUUAGUGCUUUAACUUGAACAGGCAUUUGAAAUAGCUGCUGACCACUUAGUGCUGCAUGUGAAUUUUUAAAUGCUGACGUGCAAUCUAAACUUUGAUUCAUGGAAACUGGAUCACUUUUCAUGCCCAUAAUCAGUUUUUGAACCACGGAAAAUUGAGAAGCAAAGUGUAUAGAAGCAGCCCAGACACUAGUUAAUUAAUAACUAGAGUGGUUAUUGAAGGUGAGCUGCAUUUAAUGGUUUGGAAUGGCAGUAUUUAUCUCUUUUGGUGUAAAAUACGAGUCACUGAUUAUAAUUUAUAACGUUCCAAUAGAGUUAAUUUUUAAUGGAAAAUCUGAAAGUUAAAUUACAGAUGUAAAAGGUACUGUACAACCAUCAUAUCUGUAAAUAACUACAUUAGCACCUUUUUGUCACUUAGAAUAGUAUGCGAUACUACUUGAGUGAGCUAUUUUGGAAGUGAUAUCGAGUUCUAGUGUUCGUUUCUUAGCAUCGGACUGAAUGAACGAUUCUGUCCUAGACAUUUUGCACUAAGAUAGUUGACUCUCCACACUUGUGUCUUUUGUUAAUGUGCUCUGUACCAAUGGUGAGUGCUCCUUAGUUUCUUUGCCUGCUGCUACAAAAUGUUAUUUUACACCCCUCUGGCAAUUGCCAAGGCUACAAAUACAAGAAAAGUUAUAUUUGUAUGCAACACUAACCCUUUUAUUGUGGAUGUAUGUUUCUGCUUGCUGUGCCUUGUUAUGGCUGCUUCUCUGUGCUAAUAAAGUAUGUUUGGUGUUCUCCUUGUAUAUCUGCUGUUUUAUACAUUUGCAAAAAUUUAUCUUGUAGCAAAUUGAAUUGUUUGGGGUUUUUAUUGAGAUUUACCUGGUAACUAGUAUAGCUAAUACAGAAAUACUGUGCAGUUAAUUUUUGGUUUAUCAGAGGAAAGUAACUCUCUGACUUUAAUAUCACACAUCUUUUUCAACCAACCCUGAUCACGUAUGAUGUUGAAUGCUGUCUGUAGUUACUGCAAAUUAUGGACUUUGCAGUUGAGAUUUCACAAGAUAAAGGAUUAACAGAGAAAAUUUUGGCUAAACCUAUUAAUUCCUCUGCUGAUUACAGGUAAAAGGCUGAAACUAUUAAUGUUCUCUUUUUUUGGAAAAUGAAUAUCAAUAUUACCACAUUGUUUCAGAAGCAGUGGUAAAAUGAAGUUUUAUUAUGAACUAAUAAUAAAGCAGCAUCAUUUUUUGGUUUGGGGACCAGUUUAAUUGAUAUUAAAUGCCCAAAAUGUAGAACUUUUACCAAAGACUUGUCCAUUUUAAAGCAAAAUGGGGAAUGAAGGGACUUUUGAAAUAUCUACUGCAUCUAAUAGUGGUCCCUAAGUGAUAUAUACCAAAGUGUUUGAGAACUUCAUCCAAACCUACUUUAAAGCAUUAUGUGCAAUUAAGUUGUUACAGCAUAAUUCUAUCGCCUAACUGUUGGGUCCGUUUUCUUGAGCUCGUGAUAUACCUGGAAAAUAAAUUAAACCUCUUUUGUAAGUCCAUAAUAAUAAUUGAAAGGACUAUAUGCAAGUAAGAUCAUAUUAUAUAAAGGGGUAACUUGAAACUCCAAGAAAUCACUUCAUGUAUGUUUUUAUAUGCUUGUAGCAAACCAAUGUUCUAGUUAUGUUGUUUUGUAGUAGCUCUCAAUGGUUUUAUGUGUUAAAGAAUUUCAUAUGUUAAAUGGAAAUUGUUUUUAAAAAUGUAAAUAUUUGAGUUAAUGUAAGCAUGUAUGUGUGCUAAUGUCACCUACGUUUAAGUUUUUGUGUAUAAAUAUUAAUAUGCAACUUUUUGUUUAAAGAAUUCUCCUAAAUAUUAGCUGCUUACAUUACAUUAAAGAAAAGAAAGAAAGAAAAAGGCAUCACCAGCAUGAAGUUGCACCUACUCUUUAUAUUCACUGUGUCUUUUUUCUGAAUUCUGUUGAAGCUUCUCAGUCAAAUUUGGGGGUUUGUGAUUUUUUUAAAGUAACUUAUUUUGGAAAUACAUCUCUGCUAGAGUUUAGGCAUAUGUUUUCAUUUAUGAAUGAAGAAUGAUAAAACAUUCAUUAAACACUCACUAUGUGCCA